AUGAUCACUUUACCUUAUCCAUUCCAUGGCACUGAUAAUACAGUAUUCAACGGUACCGCUUACUACAACUACAAUGAUAUGCUCAUUGCCUAUAACAUCAAAACAGGCGAAACAAAAGAACUGCGAUUAAACAUCAGUACAACUAUGCUCUAUAACAAUUCUAACUCGCGAGUGGAUGUGCAAGCAGAUGAGCAUGGAGUGUGGUUACUGUAUCGAAGAAAAGGCGAAGAUUACAUGACAGCUAGUAGAAUUCAACCGAUUAGUUUGAAAGAUAUUUUACUCUUUUAUCAGCAGUAA